GUCUAGUUCAUACUAGGGAUUUGGUGCAGCGGUAGCGGCAGCCUCGUCACAGUCAUGAGUUCCCUUAUCGUUAGCUCGUCGCCGGUGGUGACCGUAUUGAUCAGCAGCAGCCUCAACACGUUCACGGCGGAGAAGAGGCUGGACAGAGGGCUUACCUUGGCAGAGUUUAAGUGUAAGUUGGAGCUGGUGGUCGGGUCUCCUGCAUCAUGUAUGGACCUGCAGUUAUUCAGCACAGAAAACACAUUUAUCCAGAACUUGGAUCAGGAUGAUGCACUGCUGGGCUCCUACCCCGUGGAUGACGGCUGCAGGAUACACGUGAUAGAUAAGAGCGGUGCCAAGGCUGGAGAGUACGAAGACCUGUCUAGAGUGGAGAAAUAUGAGAUAUCACAGGAAGCCUAUGAGAAAAGAACAGACUCUGUACGCUCCUUCCUAAAGAAGAAUAAGGUGGGGAAAUUCAAUGAAGAAGAAGCUGCUCAAAAGGCUGCAGAGCAUGAGCGCAAACUGGAGGAGGAGAGGCUGGCAGCAGAGCCAAUCACCCCCGGGUCUCGAUGUGAGGUGCGGGUGGUAGGGCAGCCCAAUAAACGAGGCACCGUCAUGUAUGUGGGUUCAACAGACUUUAAACCUGGAAUCUGGGUUGGCGUAAAAUAUGAUGAACCUCUAGGAAAACAUGAUGGAAGCGUUGAGGGACAGCGUUAUUUCACGUGUUCCCCAAAAUAUGGCGCAUUUGUCAAACCCCAGUUUGUGGUGGUUGGUGACUUCCCGGAAGAAGAUUACGGUCUAGAUGAUGAAAUGUGACAACCCAUCGCCACUUCAAGUUUUCGGUGCCUCCUCAAUGUUCAGACUCCAAGCUUCAACAGCAUGUUCCAUGUAGUGUAAUAACAUUGUGACUCUCAUAGAUUUUUAUCAUUCUUCUUUUUCUAAGCAUUAAGCAGAGGCCUGAAUUUUUUUUCAAUAACAUUUUUCAAUAAGCUUUCGCUAGUAUUCCGGAACCCCUAAUAAUACUGAUCUACAUGGCAAGAAAGGAACACAUAGGAAACGAACGGCUCCCUCCACGUUGGCUGUAAUUGGUUUAUCUAGAGAAUUGGGAGUUAAUAUACCUAAAAUCUUCAUAGACCCUCUGCCAAGCAGGACGGUUUGCAGCUUGAAAUGGAAGACUCCUUGGCCCUGUUGCUGCCUACUAUUACCAGACCCUAAGCUUUGCUUCUGAAGUUUUACGAUGGAAUCUCAGAUACUUUAUAUUAGCUCCUGAAAAGGAAUGACCGCAGAUGGAAUCACAAAGUGUGGACCUUUACAGACGUUACUGUAUAUAACUUCCAUGUGACUUCUCACAUUGUUCGGACAGUCAUGUUGUCUUUCUGUGACCAAGUGUAUAGUAUGUGUUUGAAUAAUUUAUUUUCUUUAUAGCAAGUUAUUGGGGAUUUCUCACCUGCACGUUCCUGCUCUCCGCCAUCUUUUACACAUCACUUUUUUUUUUCCUAGCCUAAUUUUAGGUCUUACAUCUUUGUUUUAUAUGCACCAGCAAUGCUUGUUUUACCAUUGCCCUGCGGUACAAAGCUAAGUUGCUUUCUUAAAACCGUCUGUGAAUCUUGAGGCAGUUAAAUAAACCAAGCUGAUUUGUU